AUGACUUCUUCAUACGACUGGAUUGGUAGUGUUUCUCGACUGUUGUGGCGUAACGACGUGUCUGGUGCAGGUGGUGUCUGGACGUUGAUGGCGUUAGAUCGUGGAAGUGAAUUCAGCUCGAUUGAAGUAGACGACACCGAAAAUGGAGGAGUGACGGUGAAAUGCAUUUAUUUUUUGUGCGGCUGCGAUCUCCUAGGGAAGCAGGUCUUGCGUGUACUUGGAACAAUAUCGAAGGUUGGCGAGGAGAGAGGAGGAGUUUGA